GUGCUUUUGGAUCAGCGCUGCUGCAACCUUCACGGCGGAUGGACGCUUCCAGCUUUCAUCGCCUUUGGCUUUGCCGGAUUGCGUCUUAGGCGCGCCCUUCGGUGAACACGUCACAACGCGGCUGCCACACGUGGACAAUGGCCACAGCGCAUCAUCAACACGCACCGUGACGUCACCCGACUAUCUCGGACCUGCUGACUUUCUGGCUUUAAAAGGGACGCCCGUUUCGGCAAGCAUCAGUGGACACGGCAACACUGCCGUGGCAAUGUCACCGACUUUCCCGCUCCUUGUGCAGGCUCUAUCUGGGUGCUUUUGGAUCAGCGCUGCUGCAACUUUCACGGCGGAUGGACGCUUCCAGCUUGCAUCGCCUUUGGCUUUGCCGGAUUGCGUCUUAGGCGCGCCCUUCGGUGAACACGUCACAUCGCGGCUGCCACACGUGGACAAUGGCCACAGCGCAUCAUCAACACGCACCGUGACGUCACCCGACUAUCUCGGACCUGCUGACUUUCUGGCUUUAAAAGGGACGCCCGUUUCGGCAAGCAUCAGUGGACACGGCAACACUGCCGUGGCAAUGUCACCGACUUUCCCGCUCCUUGUGCAGGCUCUAUCUGGGUGCUUUUGGAUCAGCGCUGCUGCAACUUUCACGGCGGAUGGACGCUUCCAGCUUGCAUCGCCUUUGGCUUUGCCGGAUUGCGUCUUAGGCGCGCCCUUCGGUGAACACGUCACAUCGCGGCUGCCACACGUGGACAAUGGCCACAGCGCAUCAUCAACACGCACCGUGACGUCACCCGACUAUCUCGGACCUGCUGACUUUCUGGCUUUAAAAGGGACGCCCGUUUCGGCAAGCAUCAGUGGACACGGCAACACUGCCGUGGCAAUGUCACCGACUUUCCCGCUCCUUGUGCAGGUUGGUGAUCGAAGAUACGGUUUUCGCAGUGAUUUUCUAUGCUUAGUUGUGUUGCCGUGUCCACAUACUCUCUUAUGCUGUAUGUCUGAGUGUUUUGCCGUUGCUCGUUUGCUAAUGGCUCGCUCGGGAGAUGUGGAAGAAAAUCCCGGACCUAUCACCGAAGAAAUGUUUAACGAGAUAAUUAAGACACAGAAGGCGGUCUUGGAAAAAGUAACUAAUAUUGAAAAAAACCAAGCAUCGUUUGAGGCUCGAGUAGAAGGCAGGCUUUCGAAAAUAGAGGAAAGAUUAGAGAUCUUGGGCGAAGCUCCAGCUAGGCUUGCUAACCUUGAGAAGUUUGCCAAUGAAACUGAAGCUGCAAUGGCAACUCUUGGUAAAAGAGUUGACCACUUGGACCGUAAAUCAAAUUCUGACAGUAAUGCUCUCGUCAAACGAAUUGAUGACCUCGAUAAUCGCUCUCGGCGAAAUAAUCUCAUUAUCAGAGGGAUAAAAGAAGAUGUGAAUGAAACUGAAGAGGCAUUACGUAAGAAGGUCAACGUUGAUGUUUUUCAUGCAAUCCUAAACCUAAAAGUUGACUCAGUCGAACGGAUUCAUCGCCUAGGAAAGCGACAGGGUGGUAAAGAUCGGCCAAUCAUCUUGAGACUCUCAGAUUUUCGAGAUAAAACUAAAAUCCUGCGAAACUGCUUUAAGCUUCGGGGUAAGGAAAUCAGCAUCAAUGAAGACUUUUCUAAACGAAUUCUUGAGAUCCGCAGACGACUAUGGGAUUCCAGUUCGGAGGAGAGGAAAAGGGGGAUCAAGGUGAAACUUAUGUUUGACAAGAUGAAAAUAAAUGACGUAGUGUAUGGUUGGAACGAGGCUACCAAUAUGAGGUACAUAUGUAAGGAACCUUCCGAAAGACAUGACAGGCACGGUAACAACGAUUGACGGCGUCACAGUGCUUCUAAACAGUUCAAGAUAAUAAACAUAAAU